GUGAAUAUUGACGUAAAUCAGUACCGCUCUUUAGCACCUCUUGGACAAGAUCAUCCUCCAGAUCUUGAGUAAAUUUUUCAGUAGCCCGUCAAGUUAUCAAUGGAAUUUUUUUUUACUAUACUACGUAACCUCACUUUAUAUGUUGUGGGUGUCACAAGUGUCAAAUGAUCAGUAGGAUCAGUAGUAAAGAAAUUAAAUAAAUAAAAAAUGCAAUUAAAUAAAAAUGACACAUCUGAACGUAGAUUUGAAAUAGAAUGUAAAUUAGAGAGUGAAGUAGCUGCUUUAGAUGCACUCCGAGAUACUGAAGAGAGAAGUAGAAAAUUGACAUCUGGUGUUGUUGCAAUAUUAACAUCGUUAGAACAAAGAUUAGCAACACUAAGAAGAACUAUUCUACCAGUAUACAAUGAAACUGGAAAUCUCCAAGCUCAACAGCACAACAUAGAAAAAACAUUAACAGCUUUAGAUCAUGCUAUCGGUUACUAUGGAGUUUGUCAAGAAGUUGAAGGAGCAAUCAGAAGUGGACCAACAGGUCCAGGUGGUCUUGAUGGUUUCCUCGAUGCUAUGAAUAGACUCCACAAUGCCGAAAGAUAUUUUCAAAAAAACAAUCCAAGUUCUGUUGAACUAGAAAAUAUUUCUUUAUUAUUUGGGGUCGGAUUGGACUCGUUAUGUUCUGAGUUUCAUGAUAUUUUAGCUAGGCAGAGUAAACCUAUUCUGCCUAUCAUCUUGCUGGAUCUAAUUGGUUCUGAUGAAGACACAAGUAAUGAAGAUGCGCCACAAUCACUAAAUCAAUUACCUGAAAACGCUUUAGCGGAUCUUGUAAAAAUCGCUAAUUGGUUGGAUGAACGUGGCCACCGAAGACAUUCAAAAAUUUAUUCAUCUGUACGAUCCGCUAUUGUUUUGAGGUCAUUACAGCUUCUUAAAGAACAUCAACGAAGUGCCAGUGGUGGUAGUACUCAUGCUAGUAGUCCUAUGCCGAGAGCUAAAUUUGCUCAUAGACACUCAAUGACUGGUGGAGAAACAGUCAGUCGACGUACAUCUCGUCGUUUACAGCAUGCUAUUGAAAAAAAAGCAAGCAAAAUGCUAAUGAGAGCAUCGCAAUCAACAGGAAUAGGACUCGCGUUUCCAUCAUCCAGGAAACCUGCUCCAUUACCAUUAAAUUAUGCACCUGAAGAUGCAGCACCUGAUGAACAAGAAAUGGAAAACUAUCUUUUAUUAACUGCUGGACUCCAUAAACUUAUGCAAGCUGAGCGAAGUUUAGUUGCUAGAAUCAUUCCAGCCCCAUUACAGCCUCAAGUAUUGGAAGCAACUGUACGUGAUGCGAUGGAUCUUGUAGCUCAUGAUGGUGAAAGUAUUGCCGCACGUGCUAAAAGGUGUAUUGUUAGACGUGAUUUUUCAGCAGUACUUGUUGUUUUUCCAAUUCUCAAGCACCUUGGAGAUUUGAAGCCUGAUCUCGAGCGAACUGUUGAAGGAUGUGAUUACGCUCUAAGAUCUAAAUUCGCCUCUAUAUUAAAUACUCUUAAUGCUACGGGAGCAAAAGCUUUAGAGGAUUUUGCUGAAAGUGUAAGAAAUGAAUCAGGCGCAGCAUUACCAAAAGACGGAACUGUAGCAGAAUCAACGAGCAACGUUCUUGUAUUUCUUGAACAAUUAUCAGAAAAUGCCGAAACUGCAGGCAUUGUACUGCGAAAAAAUAAUGAAGUCGAUUCGAUAUCAACAUCAAGUGCUAAACAAACUGACAAUACUCAUCGUGUUUUAGUUGGAGUUUAUAUAAAAAAAGUAUUAGCUCAAUUGAAUCUUGCAUUAGUCAGCAAAAGUGACGCAUCAUAUUCGGACCCAGCAUUACGUGCACUCUUUCGUCUAAACAAUCACAACUAUGUCGUUGAUAAAUUACGUAACAGUUCUUUGAUGGAACUUUUACUGUUGGCAGAAUCAACCGCAGCUCAAACGUAUCAAGAUUUUCUUGUUAAAGACAAGGCCAAUUACGUAGCUGCUACUUUUGCUAAAGCAAAGGCAUAUCUAGAUCAACCACCAGAUGAUUCUGAUUUAGCAGCAAAAAUAUUGAAGGAUCGUUUUGCUGGAUUCUCGCGGGAACUUGAAGAAGCUGCUAAAAAUCAACGUCAAUACUCUGUUCCUGAUGGACGUUUGCGUGAAAUACUACGACGUGAAUUGCAACAAUCAUUAGUACCGCAGUACAAAAAUUUUUAUUGUAAAUAUCAUAAUACUCCGUUUUCUAAAAAUCCUGGAAAAUAUAUUAAAUACACACCGGAACAAGUUGCUGCGAUGAUAAAAACAUUUUUUGAUACUGCAGCAUAAAAAGUAUAUUUAAAAAAAAUAAAAUGAUAAUUAUUAUCUAUACAGGAAGAAGCAAUUUUAUAAUACAAAAAAAUAUGCUAAUUAAUAAAGAUAUUUAAUUUGAAAUAUAUAAUAUAUGUAGGAAUUAUAAUAAUUAUAAAUAACAAUAAUAAUAAUAGAGUAAUGUAUUUUGUUUUAAUAAACACCCAUUUAAUAAAGCAAAUUAAAUUACAUCUAUUUUGUUUUAUUAUUUUCGGACAAAAUUUUAACUAUAUAUUAUUUUUUUUUUCUCGAAACAUCCUAUUAAAUAGUUGCAGAGAGGUGCCUGUCAAAAGAUAAGCUCUUGAUGUUAAUAUUUAGACGUCGUUCAUCGCAAUUUUUUAUUUCCCAUUUAAAUAACACGGGAAAAAAAAUUUAAGUUUGGAAUUUUGUUACUUGGCAAUGGCUCAUUGUACAAUUAAGCUCAGGAUAUGAAAUCGUUGGAAAUUGAAUGCUCUACAAAAAAAGUGUCUUAUCAUUUUUUGAAAAAUUCAUCUGUUCAAAAAUUAUUAGAACAUGUAGUAAAUUUUGAUUUUUUUUUGUUUUCCGGCAAAAAUAUCAGACUUAAGACAAAAUUCCAUAGGAUCUUUUUUGUAGAGAAUUUUAUUUCUGACAAAUUAUUACCAAUAAAGUUAUUUUAAUUUUAAUGUCAAGCAUUUGAAAUCAACAAUUUUUAAAAGCUUGACAUUAAAAUAAAAAUAACUAGAAAACAAUGCGGAAUUUUAAAAAACUUUAAUAAAGAUAAUUUGUAUAAAAUAAAAUUGUCUACAAAAAAGAUCCUAUGGCAUUUUGUGAUAAGUCUGAUAGUUUCGCCAGAAAAGUAAAAAUAUCUCGAAAUUUACUAGAAAUUUGACUUCAAGCAAUAACUUUCGAACAGAUGAAUUUAUCAAAAAAUGAUCAGACUUUUUUUCGUAGAGCGUUCAAUUCCCUACCAAAUCAUAUCCUGAGCUUAUCUGUACAAUGAGUCAUUGCCGAGGUAUAAAAUCUCAAACUUCAUUUUCCCAUGUUAUUUAAAUGGGAAAUAAAAAAAUUCGGGAAUCGACUUCUAAAUAUUAAUAUUAAGAGUUCGUCUUUUAACAGGCAUCUUAUUUCACCUUCCUGCAA